AUGGGUCGACUCUUCACCAUCUCCGUGGCUGUUUUGGCGGCAACAGGGUCAUUUUUAUUUGGUUAUGACUCGGGCGUUAUGACUGAUGUGAUCGAGUCUCCCAAUUUCCUGGGAUAUUUCAACACAACGCAAACUUCAGCUAUCAUCGGAGCAAUCAACAGCACCUUCUCUGGUGGAGCGAUAAUUGGGUCCUUACAGGGUGGAUUGACCAUGGACCGCUUCGGCCGCAAAGCUACUAUCCAAUUAGGCGCUUUCCUAUGUCUCAUCGGGGCCACACUCCAAGCAGCUGCUCAGAAUCUCUCGAUGAUCCUGGUGGGUCGCAUUCUGGCCGGCUGGGCCAUCGGUCUGAUGUCCAUGGCCGUCCCCGUGUACCAGGCGGAGUGUGCACACCCACGGUCUCGGGGGAUGAUCGUGGGACUGGCGCAGCAGAUGAUAGGCAUGGGGUUCAUAGUCAGCACAUGGGUGGGCUACGGUUCCCUCCAUGCACCAGCGACAAGCCAAUUGCAGUGGCGGCUUCCCCUCGCCUUCCAGGUUGUGCCGGCGCUGGUUUUGGGAGUCGGCAUGUUCUUUUUGCCGGAGUCGCCGCGAUUUCUUAUUGAGAAGGAGCGGUACGCCGAGGCCCAGACUAUUCUUCAUAGACUGCAUUUUGAUGGCUCGAAUGCAGCCUGGAUUGAGUCGGAGUAUACUGGUAUUCGUAUGGCAAUCGAGGCAGAAAAGAAAACCACAGCACCUGGCUGGAUGGCCAUGUUCACAGUCCCCCAAUGGCGGACUCGAUUACUACACGGUGUUGCCGUACAGGUGUUCACCCAGAUGACUGGUAUCAACGUGAUUGGAUACUACCAAACAAUCAUGUACAAAUCCCUUGGGAUCACAGGAAGCCGCAACACGCUUGUCGCAGGUAUCUAUAACUGUGUCGGCCCGCUUGCCAAUUUAUUCUUUGUAGUAUUCAUUCUCGAUCGUGUCGGGCGGCUUCGGCCCAUGCUAUUCGCCACGGUAGCCAUCUCGCUUGCUCUAAUCUGUGAGGCGACGUUGAACUCACAGAAUCCCGAGGGCAACCGUGUCGGUUAUAGCAUCGGCGGAGUAUUCUUUAUUUUCCUAGUCUCGAUUAUAUUUUCAAUGUCUUUUGGUCCUUGCAGUUGGGUCUAUAUGGCCGAGGUCAUGCCAAUGCAGAUACGCGGCAAAGGGAACGCUUUUGCGGUUGGCAUUGGGAACUGGGCUGUAGCCACACUUUGGAAUCAAAUAUCCCCCGUUGCUUUGGGUCGGAUUCAAUGGAGAUUCUAUUUCGUGUUUGUGACGUGGAACCUAUGCGUCUCCCUCCCCGUCAUUUUUUUCUUUUUCCAAGAGACUAAGCAGAAAUCCCUUGAAGAGAUUGAUUUGCUGUUCGGCGGGCGUACAGUGGGCCUGCAUGAAGGAGUGACGAUGGAACGAUUCGAUAGCAUGCCAAUGCAUAAUUUCGACAAGGAAGAAGGCAUAUCGACCAAUGUAGAAGAUACUUCGGAUUUGUCUAUACGAGCUAUACGAGUCCGAUCCCGAGACUCCAAAAGGUGA